GUUGUACACUACCAGUGUCCGCUCUAGCCAUCAUUGGGAACACGUAGUGGUGAACUUCAAGAGGCCCGAAGGGAAAUUCCAGCUUUGGAUUUCAUUCUUCAUGGCACGAGCCCUCGUGGCACUGGACGACAUUGAAGUGAGCAGUGGAUAUUGCGAACUAAGAGACUUUUGCUCUUGGGAGAUAGGCUCCCCGUGCCAAGCGUACACUGCUCCGGGCAGUUUUGCCGACUGGAAUGUCCGCAAUGGCUCAGAAAUUGGCCUCCCAGACCACACGACGAAGAAUCUUACAGGCCGCUACUUGUACCUGGACACUACUGCGGUUGACUCUCACCAUCCAGUAUCCCGCGUGUUCAUGCGGUCUCGCCCACCAACCGAGGCCACGUGCGUCACCUUUUGGUUCAGCGGACGCGGAUUCGUCGGCAAGCUCAACGUGUACAGAUUUACGAAAGAAACGGCUCUGCGGGACCCGCUGGUUUCGGUACCUACGCCAAUAAAAGCAGGAGAAUGGAUUGCACGAAGGGUGCCCAUCUCUUCAAGAAAUAGGUGGAACCUCGUCUUUGAAGGUGUGGCUACAGCAGGAGUAAAAAUAAAGUCUGGAAUUAUGAUAGAUGACGUUGAGUUCACCGAUGGGGAAUGUCCACCCUACGAACACUGCACAUUCGAAGAAGAAUGCCUGCCCUGGGUAAUUAAAGAAAACGGUAAGAGCAGACGCUUUUCCCUGUGA